CCCCCAUCAUGCUCCGCGGGGAGGAAGCAGCGGCGUCGUGUGUCAUGGCGGACAGCGAGGAGGCGUCCGUGUCGGAGUCGGCGUCCCGCGGAGGCGGCGCGGAGCGGCUCUCCUCGCUGCCGCUCUCGCGCGUCAAGCUCAUCAUGAAGAGCUCGCCAGACGUGUCCUCCAUCAGCCCCGAGGCGCUCUUCCUCACCGCCAAGUCCACGGAGCUGUUCGUGGAGCUGCUCGCGCGGGAGGCGCUCGGCGUCGCGGAGCAGGAGGGGGAGUUGGAGUACGCCGACCUGGCGCGGGGCGUGCGGCUCAGCGAGACGCUGCACUUUCUGUCCGACAUUCUACCCGAGAAAAUUACGGGCCGCGAAUACUUGGCGCUGCUGGAGUCGCAAAAGAAGGUGGCAGAGGAGAAGGAGGAGAGGGAUGCGUGAGCGGUCUCCUGUGAACCGUGCGUGGCAGCAGCCUGGAGUGCGGAAACCUGAGCUGACCCCGCGUUCGUGACGCCCGAACUAAACUCGUGGCCGUGACCUUCGGAUGCAAGGACACGUGGCCAUGCAAACACCGCGCGCCACUGCGCAGGGAGCCAGCGUUUACAGACUCUAAUGAUAAUUGACACAGCCAUGCGUGUGUGUGUCCACGCAGUCCUCAGGAGCGAGUGGGCAGCUUGUUGAUCGAGCGUUGAGGUCGGAGAGCAAGCGGUGAGAUUCGUGAGCGAGUUGUGUGCUCGGUGCGCUCGUGGUGAGGUCGGUGAGUGAGUGGAUAUGUCGGUGAGCACGUGGUGAGUUGAGUGAACGAGUGUCCCAUGGGAUGACGGAACCUCUUCGACUCCCGGGAGCCGAGUGGAGUGGCGCAGCCAAACGCGGCGCUCCCCCAGCGUCCUCCGCUCUUCGCCUGGGACUUGUUUAUGCUCGUAGCCUCGCUAUGAAUUUUGUGCUCUGAAUGUGGAGGGUAAAUUUGUUUUACAAUACUCGUUUUUAUAGUUCCGUUAAAAGUAAAUGCAUUUUGUUAA